GAGGGAACAACCGAACGCAAAACCCCAACGGCCUCCUCGAUCGCCGCGGCGCCGUGCUCGCUCCUCCAGUUGAGUCGUCGCCUUCUUUUUCUUCUCUCUCUUGAUCUCCCUUCGGUCAUUCCACGCCGCCUCAAAGCUGUCGCCGCUGCCUCGCAGCACUCGCUCCCUUUGCUGCCACUGCCCUCAGGCAUCUCAAAUCGUCGCUGCCACCAGCCGUCGUCCUCAGCCAAUAGCUAAGAUCGGGACCUCUCCUUCGCGUUUAUCACCGAUCGCCGCGGCUACCUCCAAUCGUUACCCGAGGCAGCAUCUGCUUCCUGUGCCAACCUAAGUAGCGGCUCUCCGAGCUACGCGUAUCGCGAUACCGGAUUCCGUCGAACCUUACCUGCGGCAUUGCACCACCCACCCGACUUCUCAGCUUCCUUCUUCUCGACCGAACCAAAUCCACUUAGUUCAAAAUAGGGAAAACUAUAGCCUCCGACGAGAAUUUAGACCUUUCCUCCACGGUCGCUGAACCGGAGCGCAUCGCUGCCCUUGGAGCCGAUCCUUCACUUGUGAACAUCACACAAUGUCGGAACUUGUUGGCGCUGGACAGAUGAAGGACAAGAGAGCAUUCAAGUGCGCCAUCGCGGUUGUUGGGAUCAUGAGCACCCUACUUAUCUAUGGGAUUCUGCAGGAGAAGAUAAUGAGAGUUCCAUAUGGGGUCAACAAAGAAUAUUUUAGAUAUUCGCUGUUUCUCGUCUUCUGCAAUCGUAUUAUGACAUCUGCAGUAUCUGCAGGAGUUUUGUUGGCAAGUAAAAAGUCACUGGAUCCUGUGGCACCCAUGUACAAAUACUGUGCUAUAUCAAUAUCUAACAUACUAACCACAACGUGCCAAUAUGAGGCACUGAAAUAUGUUAGUUUUCCAGUUCAGACCCUUGCAAAAUGCGCAAAAAUGAUACCUGUCAUGGUUUGGGGGACACUAAUAAUGCAGAAGAAAUAUAAUGGGAAUGAUUAUCUAUUUGCACUGUUUGUGACAAUUGGAUGUGCUGUGUUUAUUCUGUAUCCAGCAUCAGCUGAUAUUACCCCAUAUAAUACAGGAAGAGAAAGCACCAUAUGGGGAAUCAGUCUAAUGCUUGGUUAUCUUGGGUUUGAUGGCUUCACUAGUACAUUUCAAGACAAACUUUUUAGAGGCUAUGACAUGGAAAUACAUAAUCAGAUAUUCUAUACCACAGUUUGUUCAUGUCUCCUCAGUUUAAGUGGACUCAUUCUACAGGGUCAUCUGCUUUCGGCAGUAGAUUUCAUGUUCCAGCAUCAAGAUUGCUUCUAUGACGUAGCACUUCUUUCCACAGUUGCGACGGUUAGUCAGUUCUUUAUUUCGUACACAAUCCGUAAUUUCGGGGCUCUUACAUUUGCCACCAUUAUGACUACCAGACAGUUGGUCAGCAUAUUGCUUUCUUGCAUAUGGUUCGCGCAUCCACUUAGUUGGGAGCAAAUGAUUGGAGCUGGAAUUGUUUUUGGCUCAAUCUACACCAAGAGCUUCAUGAGGAGCCAGACACAGAAGCCACAGCCUACAAAUUCAUCGACUAACAAUGUCUGAUAAACAGUUUCAGACACUAAUGAAAGAAAGGCAAAGGCCUUUGGUUUGUUGGGAUGAAGAAGGCAAGCUUUUAGGUUUUUGCUUGAUUCAUGUCCUUUGAUAAUUAGUGGACGGUGUUUUAAUCUAACUAGUUAAUGUAAUUCCCGCACAAAGCGUGGAUAAUAUUUUUAUUUAAUAAUAUAGAAUAAUUAAUACAAAAAAUAGAGCUAAAUUAAAAUGACAUAUUGUUUAGAUAAUUAUUUUAUAGAAGUCUACGUGGAUAAGUG